AUGCAACACACCGCUGGUGUCCGUCUAUUUUCAGCACCGUGUGCCAUCAGGCUGCAGCAUCAGCGAUCUGACACCGAUGCGUCCCCAAACAAAAGUUACGUUAACGUAGGUCACGUCGCCGCCAGAUUACGCCGAAGACGAUUUAACUCUCGCACUCCCCUACCGCCGCGUGUUACAGUCGCAGUUCGAGCUUCGCGUCGUCAACAAACACGCGCGCACUGAGUGAAUUCACUGUGUCCUUGUGUGAAAACUGGGAAUAGAACCGAACAUUCAAUGGCGUUGAAUAUCCUUCGAAACGAUCGAAUUCAAGUGGACGAAGAAAAGCAUUACUAUUCGCCAACGGGAUGCCAAGUUUCACGUGUCGAAAUAAUCGUCUUUCAAAGGGGAUCGACCCGGCGUCGUUUUCAAGAUGGAGUAUCCGAGGGCGACGCGACGUCCUCACCGAUGCGCGGUUCGAGUACGACUGACUCGGGGAGCUCGUCGAGCCGAAAGCCACAAGCCGCGUCAGCCGACCGGUGGCGACGGACCAAUCAGGGUUGUCCUCUGCGCAACUACCCGACAUCAGAGAAUUGA